AAAAGCAAUUAUUGUAAAAAUAAGAAAUGUAAAGGCGUAUAAAGGCGUGCAAAAUAAGAAAUUAAUUAAUUUCAUCGUAUAUUCGAUGAUAUUACUUUAUUUAUUGCAAACAGAACCUAUAAUUGUCCAGAAUGAGUGAAAGGAAGAGCAAGAAAAGCAAAGCAGACAUCGCGAAGCAGUUUGACUUGCCGGAGAGGCAGUCUAAGAUCACGUCGCUGCUGAACCAGGCUGGGCAGGCGUAUUGCAUAUGCCGAUCUUCAGACAGUUCGCGAUUUAUGAUAGCCUGUGAUGCCUGUGAAGAGUGGUACCAUGGAGAUUGCAUAAAUAUAUCUGAGCGAGAGGCAAAGUAUAUAAAGAACUAUUUCUGUGAGCGCUGCCGGGAGGAAGAUCCUACCCUAAAGACUCGCUUCAGGCCACAGAAGAGGGAGAAUGAUGAUGAGCCUGCUCGGGAUGACAGAAAGAAGAAACGCAAGGAGAAGGACCACUCGGAGAACAAGUCAAAAAGAACAGGCAACAAAGAUGGCUGCGGGGACUGCCCGGGGUGCUUGCAGUUACAGGAUUGUGGACACUGUGAAGCAUGUGAGGACAUGUUCAAAUUCGGAGGCAGCAACAAGCUGAAGAUGAAGUGCAGGCAGCGGGUCUGCAUACUCAAGAGUAAGAAGCCAUCGAGGCAGUCCAGCAGCAGCAAUCGAGUUAAAAAGAAGCAUCACGAGCGAGAAACCUACGAGCCCGAAGAAUCCAUAGCUCACUUGCAAACUAUGGAGCCUAGGCAAUGCUAUGGACCCCAAUGUAACCGGGCAGCACUGUAUGGCUCAAAAUACUGCUCGUCCCAGUGCGGAAUUAGGCUGGCCACGGCUAGGAUUUAUCAAGUGCUACCCCAGCGCAUCCAAGAAUGGUCCCUAUCCAGUUGCGUGGCCGAGCAACGCAACCGCAAAGCCCUGGAAGUUGUUCGCAGCGGGCUAGCUCGAGCUCAAGCCGCUCUGAGAGCUUUGGAUCAACAACACGCUGCUCUGGAUGCUACAGUGCAAAGAGCGAGACAUGCCACUAUACAGGAGCAAGCCGAAAAGGAAGCCGACGAUGAAACAUCAAUGUACUGCAUCACGUGCGGCCACGAGAUACACUCGCGCACCGCCGUCAAACAUAUGGAGAAGUGUUUCGUCAAGUACGAGGCGCAGGCGUCCUUCGGCUCGAGGCACAGGACACGUAUAGAUGGACAGAGCAUGUUCUGUGACUACUACAAUCCUGCUAAUGGGACCUACUGCAAGAGGUUACGGGUAAUGUGUCCCGAGCACUUCAAAGACCCCAAAGUGAGCGACACGGACGUCUGCGGCUGCCCGCUCGUGCGCCGCCUGUUCGAGCCCACCGGCGACUUCUGCCGCGCGCCCAAGAAGAGCUGCCUCAAGCAUUACCAGUGGGAGAAGCUUAGGAGGGCGGAGAUUGACAUGGAGAGAGUGAGACAGUGGCUGAGGGCUGAUGAGUUGGUGGAACAGGAGAGGAGUAUUAGACAUGCUAUGGCUUCUAGAGCGGGCGUGUUAGGCCUGAUGCUGCACUCGACCUACAACCACGAGGUCAUGGAGCGGAUCACGGGCAAGGUCAACGACAAGCCCAAUAAAGACUCCUGACACAGGCCAAGACACAAGAGGAAGAGACCGAACGACACCUCCACUACCGAGAAUGCGAGGAUUGCGAAGUAAUUGUUAAGUGCUGUAAUUGUUAUACUUCCCUAUUCGAAAAUUCAAUCUCAGAAAUCCACCUCCACUGCAGUGAGUAAAUAAUAGACAAUUUUUUAUUGAAAGCCAGAUAAAUUAGAAAGAUCGUACAAUAAUAUGGGGCAUUUUCUAUGAAAAGGGACCUUAUUGUCGAUGGCGCUUACGCCGCACAGCGCCGCGAGGCAUUGUAUUUAUAUCGUAGCAUCGUUAAUAAUGGCGUAAGCGCCAUCGACAAUAAGGUCCCUUUUUAUAGAAACCACAUAUUGCAAUUGUCUAAACUUCACGGGCAAAGUCAACGACAGGCCAAGAACUCCUCACACAGGCCAAGAUACAAGAGGAAAAGACCGAUCGAAACACCAUUGGUACUGGAAAUGUGAUUUAUUUAGUUGUAAUCAUGAUUUUAAAAUUAAAAAAAAUUAAAUGAACAUUGAAAACCUGAGAAGUUGGUCAAAUUAAAUCUUCCAGAAAUGGAACCCAAUUUCUAGAUAAUAUUUGUAUCCGUUUUAUAAGCAAAGUUGUGACUUUUUAUAAGAAAAAUUUCUUUAACCUUUUCGACGCCAACGACGAUUAAUCCGUCACAGACCACAGAGCAACAUAGACCUACGUGCAUAUGCAUAAAGUUUAAUUUCAGUUUUAACACGUCUGAGUGACAGCUUUUAUGUUUGACACGGCGUCGAAAAGGUUAAAUAAAUGAAUACUCGUUUGUUGUCCCCUAUGCAGUCGAAAGUCUAAAAAUGUGUAUAAAUAAUAUGAUAAAUAAAGUAUGUUGUGUAUAUACAUA